GCAGCCCGGGCGCUGCUGCUGGCGCCAGACGGCUCGCCGGCGGCUGGUAGAGCGCGUGCAGCGAGAUGCAGCCCCAGGACAGCGCCGGGGCCGCGGAGCUGGAGGAGCCUGGGCUGCCGCUGACGGACGAUGCACUCCAGGGCGUCAGUGAGGAGGCGGCGGCCGCCGAGGCAGCGGGGGCGCCAGACCGCGGCAGAUGCUGGCUCUGCCGUUCCUCGCCGUGUUGCUCGCGCGCGGAGCCGGAAGCCAAGAAGAAAGCACCCUGUCCUGGACUUGGCUUGUUUUACACAUUAUUGUCUGCCUUCCUUUUCUCAGUGAGCUCUUUAUUUGUUAAAAAAGUGCAAGACGUCCAUGCUGUAGAGAUUAGUGCAUUUCGAUGUGUGUUCCAAAUGCUAGUUGUUAUCCCUUGCUUAAUAUACAGAAAAACUGGGUUUAUAGGCCCAAAAGGUCAACGAAUUUUCCUCAUUCUCAGAGGAGUCCUUGGUUCUACCGCCAUGAUCCUUAUAUACUAUGCUUUGCAGACAAUGUCCCUCGCCGAUGGCACAGUUAUCACGUUUAGCAGUCCAGUGUUUACGUCCAUAUUUGCUUGGAUAUUUCUCAAGGAAAAAUAUAGCCCUUGGGAUGCUCUUUUCACCGUGUUCACAAUCACUGGAGUGAUCCUUAUCGUGAGACCACCAUUUUUGUUUGGUUCCGACACUUCGGGGAUCGAAGAAAGCUAUUCAGUCCGCCUUAAGGGAACGUUCGCAGCAAUUGGAAAUGCCGUAUUUGCUGCAUUGACUCUAGUUAUCCUAAGAAAAAUGGGAAAAUCUGUGGACUACUUUCUGAGCAUUUGGUAUUAUGUAGUACUUGGCCUCUUUGAAAGCGUCAUCGUCCUCUUUAUAUUAGGAGAGUGGAGUCUGCCUUACUGUGGGUUGGACAGGCUAUUUCUCAUACUCAUUGGGCUCUUUGGUUUAGGGGGUCAGGUAUAUCUCACGAAAGCACUUCAAAUAGAAAAAGCAGGGCCAGUAGCAAUAAUGAGGACAAUGGAUGUAGUGUUUGCUUUUAUCUUUCAGAUUAUUUUCUUUAAUAAUUUGCCAACAUGGUGGACAGUGGGGGGUGCUCUCUGCGUAGUAGCCAGUAAUGCUGGAGCGGCCAUUCGUAAAUGGUACCAAAGUUCCAAAUGAAGCAUCAUUUCCAAACUACAUAUUUUUUUCAAGUACGCUGUCACCUAAUUCACAUAUAGCAUGCACAUACAUCUGGAAAAUCUGCAUUUGCUUCAUUGGUUAUAUUGAAUAAAUUUCAUAAAGUACCAUUUUUGAAUAUAGUAUGUCUUUAAUUAAGAAUAGCUAGUCUGUUUGGUCUAACAAUUUUUUGGUAGCUUUGGUUUUGGUUUGUUUUUGUUGUUGUUGGGGUCAAGUUAGUUAGAGGAGAGCUCAUUGAAGAAAAACCAAAAUAUUUUAUGACUAGUAAUAUGACAUGUAAUUUUUAAAAUGUGUUUUUGGUACUGGUGGGAUAUGGGUGGGGAGGCUAUUUUAGGUAUUCUUUUAGCAGUGUGGAGCCUAAGAUACUUGGUUCUACCACCAUAAUCCUUAUAUACUAUGCCUUCUAGACAAUUGAUAAUGCUGCUAUAAUUAGUAUUAUGUUGAUAAUUAAUUUGCAACCUUAUUCUAUUUAGGAGGACAAAGUUGAAGCUUAGAAUAGGUGCCUACUUAAUGGUGUUAAUAAUACAAAUGAAUUGGCCUUAUUUUCAAGAAUUUUAUAAAUGAUUAUCAUACUUUAACUCAUAUUUGUGCCUUUUCAUUUUAAUGCUGGAAUAUUUAUUAUGUCACCUCUAAAACACUUAAAUUGCCAAAUUUGGCUAGUAGUUUUCUGUUUUUGUGGCAUUAGCAACUGCAGCUAGCAUUCUAUAAUUUUAAUUGUUUUCAGUUUUUUUGAAACUGCACUAAAUUUUUCUUAACAUUCCAAGAUUUCAGAUCUUUAAAUCACAAAAAGAAAUUUUGGCAUGACCAGUGUGCACAUUUCCAUCCUGAAGUGUUUUCUCUUCACUAGAAAUGUGAUUUUCUAUAUAUUCCUCUUGGAUUUAUAGUGUGAUGCCAAAUAAAAUUUUCUCAGGAUCUUAUUAGGUUGAACCACAUGGAAUUGCCAAGAUUUUACUAUUUUAACUUACAAAAACCAUAGUUUCAUAUGGCUCACCCUAAUAGAUACCUCUCUUAUUCUCUAAAUGAAAUAGAAGACUUUGGAGUAUAUGUUUUUAAAGUAAUUUUUUAAAGUAUGGUAAUGCUAUUAAACUUAUUUUUAUAGUUAUGAAAUUAUAUGUAAUGCUUUAUGUUAUAUGUUAAAUGUAAAGACCUGUGAAUCCAUGUUUGAUUGACUUUCAUAGUUUUCUACAUAGAAAUAAAAUCACUAUAAAUUCUAGUAUAUCAGUAUGAUGUUAAAUGUCAGUGCCAUACCAUGAUGCUGCACGGUGAUACUAACGUCAUGAAUUCAGACAGCACAUUUUACAUCUGGAACUUCAUCAGACCAACACUUUGCAGUUAGAGAGAAUUUAAUAUCUAGAAAAGCUUGGGAGGUUAAUCAGGACUUAGGGAGUACACGUAAAUGAUUCUUUGUUGUAAUGAGCCCUUUAUUGGUGAGGUUGCAAUAGCCUUCAGCUUUUAUUGUGUCAGAUGAAGCAUCUGUCAUUAUCUUAAGCCUGCAUAGUUGAAAGGUUAUAGGCUCUUUCCUAUCCUCUCAUAAUUUUUCCAAAGCAAAGAGGAACUUGGCUUCUGAGAUUUAUGCCUUGGUGAGAAAAUCUUUUCCAAUAGUUCCAAUGGGGGAAUUUUUGGCUUGCUGAUUUUAUCAAUUGCCUUGACACCUUACAGAUCCUAAAUGAAGUCUAUGUAGGUGAGUCAUCUCUAUUCCACCUAAUUUAUGGUAUUGGAAUUAGAUAUUUGCAGAAACAUCAUUCUGCAAAUAUCUUAGAUAAUUAUAGAAUCAGGAGGAGUUUAGAUAAAACUCAGAGGUCUCAGAAAUCAUCACAUAGGGGUCGUGCUCCUUAGAUAAGGAUGAUAAGGAGGAGACCUGCCCAAAUUGAAUUUCCACGGCCUUCCUCUCUUAGUUGCAUGAUAAAGUAUGGACAGUAAACCACUACUUGAGUCACCUAAGGUGAAUUAACUCUCAGGGAACCCUCUCCCAGUUCUUUACCUUGCACAAUGAAAGAACCAAUGGUAUCUAGAAAGUUAAAUCCCUUUAGGCCCAUCCACUAGAGACAUGUUUUAUUUCAACAAUGUGGUUUAAGUACUUGAAUGUCAAACUAUAUGACUGAGGUUAGAGAAGAUGUUUCUUCUAGCUCUUACGGGGUAUGUUUCUUAAACGCAGUGUCCAAGGUAUAUACAAGGAUAUGUAUUGUAACAACUAUGGUUGUGUAUACUUUGCAGAGUGUAGUUUCUAUAUCUUGAAAAGGAAAAUAUUUUCAUAAAUUGUUUUUAUUCUAUAAGUACUAAUAAAAUAAUAUGAAAGAAAGCUAUAUGUUGGUUGUUAUGAUUAUAGCAGAUAUCUAAUAUAACUUAUUUCCCUUUCAACCCUGUGCUUCAAAAUUUAUUCUCUGUAAGAGAUUGACCUCUAGCUAUUCAGCUGGGAUGUAAUCUCAAGGUUUAAACUGUUUAUCUGACUCUGUUGUACUGUCAAGAGGGUCAGAUGAACGGUUUAAUCUGUUUAUCUCUCCAAAAUAAAGGCAUUAAUCUGUGCCAGUGAGACCUUCAUUCUUCUAGAUCCUGGGAGCUUAAUGUAGCUUUGAACUCUGUACUUACUGUUCCCAUAGCUAAUCUGUUACUAAAUCCUGAAGAGUCUUUCUUCGUAUUGUUUUGUGGAUUCAUUCUUUCCUCACCAUUUCCACUGCUAUCAUCUUAGUCCAACACUUACCACCUUACACCUAAAUUACCACAUCAGUAUGCUGGUUACCUGCUUCUAGACUCUUUCUUCCACUCUGAUUCCUGUCGUAGUGCCAGCUUAAUAUUCCUAAAGGCCUGCUUUCACUGUUACUCUGGUUCUCAUGAAACCACAGUGAUGCCUUAUUACACACCAUAUCACAUCAAAUUAUUCAUCUGGCCCUAUUCCCACUUCUCUGACCUGAUUCCCGCAUCCUAACACAAAUUCGAUACUCAAAUAGGUCUUAACCACUAGCUCCCAUGUUUGCCAAUAGAGGCCUUCUUCUGCAUUUCCCUUCUGUGCCUACCUUUUCUUAUUUACCCUCUAAGACCUGUUAGCCUCCAAUGGCUCAGCUUGGGCUUUUGUUUCUUCUGGACUCUAGCUUCUCCUACCCACGUAACCCACCUAGGAAGAGUGGGUAAAGCAUUGGAUUAGGAUCUGAAGAUCUAGUGUGGUUUUAUCACUUUCCAGCUGGGCAAAUCACCUAAUAUACCUGAGCCUGUUGUCCUUCCUUGCCCAGUCCCUCUAAAAAUGAGUACCAUAGAAGGGCUUGUAGACCAUUAAGAAGGAUGAAAACAUUAAGUAUUGAACUGGCUAAGACUGUAUAAUUGAGUAGUCACUCAUCUCUUCAAAAUGAGGCUUAUACCAGAGUCCUUACUCCUGAGCAGCCUUACCAGGAACAAUAAACAUGACUAUCAGAAUGCAAACUCCAUUUGGCCCCCUCCUGCUAGCACAGAAUUGUGCUGUUGGACAGCUUUCACUUCCUAGCUGAUCUUCGCAUGCCGGGCUGUCAAGGAUCACCAGUCCUUUCAUGCGUAGGUGUUGUCACCUUUCCAGUUCUGGCCCUAGUUCUGAUCUUCUAGGGGUACUAUGCUUGGCUCUGACCUGGGGAAUGGGCCUGAUUCUUGUGUGUUUCUCAUGCACCUAUGUACUCAGCAUGGUUCUUUUAGCCUCUUAUUUAAUGCACCCAGUAAGCAUAAUUAGUCUCUUGAGGGCAUUCUAGUGGAAAGAGAGCCAGAUGUCCUUGUCUCUGAUCUAGGUCUGAAUGGAUCCAUGAUCAAUAAUGGGCAUUAGAAUUUGGUUGUAUGGGUAAAGGUUGGAUAUAAGAAUCCUGGACACUACCCUAAGCAUGCUGUUUUAUGCCCCCUUUGGUGCCUUACAUUAGAUCUAAUAUAGGUACCAUAUCCACCUAGAAUUCUACAAGAUAACUUAUCAGCGGCUCUGUGAUCCACAAAGAUAGAUCUACAUUUUAGCCUAUUUGAACAUUAAAUUUGGAGCUGGGCCUGGAAGACCAAUUCACAGCCCAUGAACCUUGGCACUUCCCAUCUCCUGGAAAUUGAGGGGUGGGCUUUAUAGCAAGAGGGUAAGAAGAAGACAUACCUGGUAUACAAGAGGGUAAGGGAGGGCAGGAAAUGUACCAGAGAUGCCCAGUACACAGGAAAAGGUUCCACUGGGCUCAGGAAAUGUCACUACUGGAGAUAAGAGCCUGGGCCUCUUCUAGUAAACUUAUGUGAUUCUAGAAACCAUGUGAGAUUGAUACCAGUAAGCCUGAUGAAGCAAAGGAAGUAACCUAGAUUCAUGAUUAGUUACCAGGGUGGGGUCAGGAAAGUAUAAAAACAUGGUUGAGCAGAAGUAGACUUCAGCAGGAGGAAAUGUGUUCAGUUGAAUGGUGAGCACGAAAGUACCAUGCCAGGUCUGGCACUCCCUGAUGCAGCAGAAGUAGACACAAAGGCCUGGCCGGAGGAGUGCAUUACUAACCAGUAGGUCUGUGUCUGACGCUAUAAGAACCUGGCCAUUCUUACAGCUGUUCCAAGUGUACUUGGCCAUGAUUUAAGAUUAGGCUGUUUGUGCCAAGAACAUACCAGAAAGAGAGAAACUAAUAAUACAACUAUAUUUUAUUUUUUCUAUGAUUAUAGCAGGUGCUAGCUCAAUAAUAUUAGAAUUGAAUUCAAAGCAAUAGCAUAAUUCAGAAUGGACUAACAUGUUCUCUCUUCUGAUGCUCCCCCUGGGAACCCAGCCACAUUGCUGUGAGGAAGCCUGGGCCACGAGGAGAAGCCCAUGUGGAGAGACCCAAGUAAGGAGAAACUGAGGUCCCAACACUUGGCCCCAUCUGCACUGCCAGCUGACAGCCAGCACCAGCCUGCCAGCCAUGUGAGUGUUCACACUGGGAAUGGAUCCUCUAACCCUCAGAUACGAGAUGAAUUGCCUUGGACUUUACCCAAAGGUUGUGGAUCAAGAAAGGCCAUAAACAAAGCUCAAGGGAAUGGCACUAAACUCACCAGUAAGGUGCGUAGCCAAACCAACUGUUCCCUGUAAAGGUAAGAGGCAUCUAACAUGAAUUAGAGAAGCGGAAACAAGUGCUAAUACAUUUCUCCAGCCAAAAAAUUCUGCAAGAGGCAAUGGUAAGGUGAUGAGCAAGGCGAAAACACAAAUGAAGCUCCACUAACCAGAAAGAGAUAAGUGAGUUUGAAAAUUAAGAAAGGGAAGAAUUGGUGAUAAAAAGUAUUCAAAAACUUGGAGAUAAACACAAUUUCAGUAAAGCUAGUGGAGGUGGGUGCCUCAGUUCCACUUGUACGGUUGCCCUUGGGAGGAGGAGGAACUGGAACCUAGAGCCAGGUCAGGGCUGACCUGGAUCACCCACAGAGAUGAGGGCAGGUGAGCCCUCAGAAGAACCAAUGACACAAUGGAGGAGAUGGGGAUGUACAACCAUCCGAAGUGUGUACUUGAGAACAUCCCCCUCCAGUAGGUUUUGCACAGGUUACCGGUGUUGACACAGCUGCUUAUAGAUGCUCUGCCAAGACCAACUUAAAAAGCUAGAGUCUCUAAAACCAUCCUCAAUGAAAUAAGAAUGCCAUGCUAAAUCUAGUAAAUGUUUACAUUUUGCCUUUUCUGUAUUAGUGUUUACCCUUUAUGAAAUUAUGAUAAUAGUGGAUAGUCAUGUGUACGUGUGUGUGCGUGUGUGUGUUUGCAUUCGUGUGUGUUUAAAGUCUUCACUUGGAAAACAUAAAAGUUAACUAUAUAUUGGUCCUCCAGUUUUAUUAUUUAAAAAAAUUUAAUUGUAUAUAAAAUUUAAAAAAACUGCCUAAGAUCCCAUUUGUUUCUCUCUGAUAUUAUUUCAACUAUUAACUCAACCCUAGCGCCAUCCUCUCAGUGUAUAAAUAUGCUCAGAUUUCUUCGGAUUAAACCAAAUCAAACAAAACCUUCCUUAAAACUCUCCUCCCUUUCUCUCCAGGUACACCCAAGCACUUGUUUCUUCUUUAUCAAGCAUUCUUUCCUCAACCCAUCAGCUGUUGUUUUUUUCUCCCUGUUUUCCACAAUGGCAGUUGAAUAUUAAACUGUGCAAUCAUUUUUCCACCCGAGUAAAGAUGAAUUAAAAUUUGUUACUCAA